UAGUGCACAAUUUUUUUUUUAUUUUAUAUAAAUCUAAAUUUAAUGUAAAAAUUGUAAAUAUAUUUUUUAUUAACGGGGGCACGGGAGUUGAAGUGUGACGAAAGAGUUCGAAGUGCAAUAAAAUGAAUUCGUCGGGCGCUAAUUUAAUUCCUUUCACUUCGUUUAAUAGUGACGGAGGAAAUCAUAAUAAUAGUAGUAGUGAUACUGCCCAACAAGUUUCAGAUUUAGAUGAAUUUAACGAAAUUGGCCAAAUGAAUACAAUGGAAUUACAGCAUUUAUUGAUUGACGACGCACAAACGCCAGUGAAAACAACAAAACAAGUGCGCCUACCAAUUGUGGGCAUGACAUGCCAGAGUUGUGUGAACAGCAUACAGAGCAAAAUCGCCAGCUGUGCGGGAGUUGUGGGCGUACGGGUUGUACUGGAAGAAAAUGCAGGAUACUUCGAUUAUGAUGAAAAUAUAACAAAUCCAGUGAAUAUAGCUUUUGAAAUAGAAGAAAUGGGUUUCGAUUGCCCAUAUAAACCAGUUGAUAUUGUAAAUAUAGUUGAUAAGAACAAAAGCACAACACCCACAAAAGCUACAACAAAUAUACGCGUCAUUGGAAUGACGUGCCAGUCCUGCGUGCGUAAUAUUGAAGGCAAUAUAGGCACCAAACCAGGCGUACACAGCAUUAGGGUUAGUUUAGCAGAUAAGAAUGCCAUUGUGGAGUAUGACGCUACACAAUUUACGCCAACACAAAUCGCUGAUAUGAUUGACGACAUGGGAUUCGAAGCCAGUGUAACAAAUAAUGCCAAAAGCACACAUACAACUCCACGCACUUCGCCUGCAAAACAAAUGCUUUCUUCACCUGAACAUACUCCUUUAGCACAGAAGCAACAGGUAUCUGUGCAAGCGUCACCAGCAAAUGGUACCGUUGUGGUUCCAGUUGAACAGGAAUUAUCCAAAUGUUUUCUGCAUAUACGUGGCAUGACAUGUGCCAGUUGCGUGGCUGCUAUUGAGAAACAUUGUCGCAAAAUUUAUGGAUUAGACAGUAUUUUAGUUGCUCUGCUCGCUGCCAAAGCAGAAGUCAAAUAUAAUGCGAAUGUAUUGACGGCGGAGAACAUUGCCAAAUCUAUUACGGAAUUGGGUUUUCCAGCGGAGUUGAUUGACGAACCUGAUAAUGGGGAAGCUGAGGUGGAAAUUGAGAUCUCUGGCAUGACAUGCUCAUCGUGUGUGCAUAAAAUCGAAAGUCAUGUGCUUAAGAUGAAGGGAAUCACAGCCGCGGCAGUCACACUGAUAACGAAACGCGGUAAAUUUCGUUACAAUACUGAAUUAACUGGUCCGCGAAGCAUAUGCGAAGCCAUCGAACAAUUGGGUUUCCAUGCCCAACUUUUAACUGGUCGGGAUAAGAUCGCACAUAGCUAUUUAGAACAUAAGGAAGAAAUACAGAAAUGGCGAAAUGCUUUUCUAAUAUCAUUACUAUUUGGUGGCCCUUGCAUGAUAGCAAUGAUAUACUUUAUGGUGGAAAUGGGUAAUAGAGGUCAUGCCGCUAUGUGUUGUCUUGUACCUGGUCUAUCAUUAGAAAACCUAGUAAUGUUUCUCCUAUCCACACCUGUACAAUUUUUCGGCGGUUGGCAUUUCUAUGUGCAAUCUUAUCGUGCGAUUAAGCAUGGCACAACUAACAUGGAUGUACUAAUCUCCAUGGUAACAACAAUAUCCUAUUUAUAUUCCGUCAUCGUAGUUAUAUUUGCAGUAUUGAUGGAACAAAAUUCAUCACCAUUAACAUUUUUUGAUACACCACCGAUGUUGUUGAUUUUUAUCUCAUUGGGUCGUUGGCUGGAACAUAUAGCUAAAGGAAAAACAUCAGAGGCUUUAUCGAAACUACUUUCCUUAAAAGCAGCUGAAGCGGUGCUUGUACAAAUUUCUCCCGACUUCGAAAUAACAUCAGAAAAAGUGAUAUCAGUCGAUUAUGUGCAACGCGGUGAUGUGCUUAAAGUUAUUCCCGGUGCAAAAGUACCCGUAGAUGGCAAAGUACUUUUUGGUCAUUCAACCUGUGAUGAAUCGCUUAUCACCGGUGAAUCAAUGCCAGUGGCGAAAAGAAAAAGUGCUGUUGUAAUAGGUGGUUCCAUCAAUCAAAACGGAGUGUUACUUAUAUCUGCGACACAUACUGGUGACAACACAACGUUAGCACAAAUUGUACGACUGGUUGAGGAAGCACAAACGUCUAAAGCUCCAAUACAGCAAUUAGCCGAUCGUAUUGCUGGUUAUUUUGUACCCUUCGUGGUGAUUACAUCAACUGUUACGUUGAUUGGCUGGCUUAUAGCUGGCUUCAUCGAUUUCAACGUAGUGCCUGUGGAUAUGGAACACAAAAUGCAUAUGGACACAAAUACCAUUAUCAUAAGCUAUGCUUUCAAGUGUGCUUUGAGUGUUUUGGCUAUUGCUUGUCCAUGUGCGCUUGGUCUAGCAACGCCUACGGCUGUAAUGGUUGCUACUGGAACUGGUGCUAUAAAUGGUGUAUUAGUGAAAGGCGCUACGGCUUUAGAAAAUGCGCAUAAGGUGAAAACGGUUGUGUUUGACAAGACCGGUACCAUCACGCACGGUGCACCCAUGACAUCGAAAGUAGUGAUAUUUGUUAAGCCAAUCGUAUGCAGUUUAGCACGUUUGCUGACCAUUGUAGGUGCAGCGGAGCUGAAUAGUGAGCAUCCCAUCGCAUCGGCUAUUGUACGUUUCUCGAAAGAUGUACUUAAUAUGGAGACAUUUGGAAAAACUCAAAAUUUUCAAGCUGUGCCUGGAUGUGGAAUCAAAGUAACAGUGUGCCAAUAUGAACAAUCUUUACGACAGGCAUGUAAUGCUGAAAAAAUCAUAAACUAUGAAAAUAAUUACCGCUCGAAUCCUAACAUGGUACAAAUGGAAAAUGGUGUUAUUGUUGAGGAAAUUAUACCACAAAAAAGUACACAGAAAACAAUGGAAAUACAACAACAACAACUUUUGAAACUGGAAGAAAACUUAUUAAACUCUACUAAAAGUGUAGAUACAGUGAGCACUGCCAUAUUAGGAACGGAAAUCAAUGUGCUAAUUGGAAAUCGAGAAUGGAUGCAAAGGAACGGUAUUUUAGUGCCAACAGAAAUUAGUGAUAGUAUGACAACGGAAGAGUCCAAAGGACACACUGCGGUAUUAUGUGCACUGAAUGGUCAAUUGGUAUGUAUGUUUGCUGUGUCAGACAUGGUUAAACCGGAAGCACAUUUAGCAGUUUAUACACUAAAAAAAAUGGGAAUAAAUGUGAUAUUAUUGACUGGUGAUAAUAAGAAUACAGCAGCAAGUAUAGCACGCGAAGUUGGUAUAAAUCGUGUUUUUGCGGAAGUCUUGCCGUCCCAUAAGGUCGCAAAAAUUCAGCGCAUACAAGAAGAUGGUGUACGGGUUGCUAUGGUAGGUGAUGGAGUUAAUGAUAGUCCCGCAUUAGCGCAAGCUGAUGUGGGCAUUGCAAUAGCAGCAGGUACAGAUGUAGCUGCAGAGGCAGCUGAUGUUGUACUAAUGCGUAAUGAUUUGAUUGAUGUGGUGGCAUGUCUCGAUCUUUCACGACGUACUGUGCGACGUAUAAGAUAUAACUUUCUCUUUGCGAGUAUGUAUAAUUUAUUGGGCAUACCAUUGGCAUCUGGUAUAUUUGCACCAUUUGGAUUUACACUACAACCAUGGAUGGCUUCAGUCGCAAUGGCAGCCAGUUCAGUAUCUGUGGUUUGCUCAUCGCUUCUGCUCAAAUUUUAUCGCAAACCUACAGCAACAUCACUACGGACUGUUGAGUAUAUGAACUAUUUAGCUAUGGAACGAGAACGCGAACCAGAUAAUUUGUCAUUACAUCGCGGCUUAGAAGAUAUACCACGUCAUAAUUUCAAACGCUCAACUAGUUCGGUAUUGUCGCGUAUAUUCUUUCCUUCUGCCAACAACAAAGGGGAUAGCAAUGAAGAUACUCUGUUAGAUGCUGAAAAUCGUGAAUUUAUGUCAACGAAAAUCAUUAAACAAAAACAUUUUAAAGACACCACAGAAAUGCAAACACUAUAGUGAUUUAUUUUUGCUAACAUUUUUGUUAGAUGCUGAAUAAACGAAUGUAUGUAUGUACGUAAAUGUUUUCAUUUGUUAUAGUCAAAGUCAAAAUUCAAAGUAAUUAAAAAUUGUUGAUUGAUAUGUUGCAAUAUGCUUUAUAAAGCUUAAAUCUUAAAAAAGAAAAUGUAAAUGUAUGUUUUAUCAUAGCUAUAUCGUAUCCAUUAAGAUUU